UAGACAGUGUUUUGAAAAGCAGAGGCAUUACUCUGCCAACAAAGGUCCAUAUAGUCAAGGCAGUGAUCUUCCAAGUGGUCAUGUACCGUUUUGAGAGCUGGACCAUAAAGAGCUGGAGCACCAAAAAAUUGAGGCCUUUGCACUGUGGUGCUGGAGAAGACUCCUGAGAGUUCCUAGGAUGUGAACAUGAACUCGGGCCACUUCAGGAGAUGGUGAGGGAUAGGGAGGACUGGCAUGCUGCAGUCCAUGGGAUCGCAAAGAGUCAGACAUGACUGGGGAAUUGAACAGCAACCAAGCAACCUGCUGAUACAAAUUAAACUUUCCUGGUCUUCAUACUGGAAAGGAAGUGAAUUCAACCACUAGCCAUUGUUACUUUGCAGUGUCGUUUAUUUAUUGACAUCUAGUUAAUCCCUCAGUGGCAUGUGGAUUAGGUGAGCAGUAGUCUGAGUCUCUGAGAAGAUAAGCAUAGUGGAUACACUGAGAAUAUCCAAUUUUUGGUCCUUGUGAUUGAGUUCAGACACUGAAAUAUGGGACCUACUCAUGGUUAGAACCUUUUUAGCAGAAAAGUAAACUGGUGGAUAAUGAAAUCAUUGAUUUAUAUACCUAUUUUAUUUAUCCUUAAUAUUUUUAAAAGAUUGGCUCUUAGGUGUCCAGAAUUGCAUUCAGUUUACUCCUUAGGUUCAUGACCCCUCUCAUGACAGUGUCAUCAUCGGCUCAUAUACUGGCUCAGACUUUGUUGACUCAUACAAAUAUUCAGAUUUUUGUCUUCUCUCGAGAAACUGAAGAAUCCUCCAAUUGGUUCUGUUUCACUGCAAGGCAAAAGUUAGUGGCUGUUCAUGCUAAUCUCUGAUGUCUCCUAACAGAGAGGCUUCGUGUUAGCUGAAGUGUGUUACUAGACUUGGACUAUUUUUCUUCAAAUCCACUGGAGAGUGAACUAUUGUGUCCACUUCACUGAUUUACAUUACCUGCCUGUCAGCAUUUGAGUUUGAGAACCCUGCUCUGGGGGCGACUCUUAUGCCAUCUCUAAUAACUUCUGCCAUUCACUGAGUCCUCAUAUAUGCAAAGCACUGAACUCACAGUUUUUCAUACAAUUUUUAUCUCUUUAAAUCAUAUAAAACCCUAUGAGGUGAGAUCAGGUGUUACCUCCAUUAUACAAGUGUGGAAGCUAAAGCUCAAAGAGCUGACUAACUGCUCAAGAUGCUAGAACUUAUGCUUUUUGACAGUGAGAUUCAAACUUUGGCCUGGGAGAGUCCAUAGCUGAGACUUUUUAACAUUACACUAUGCAACCCUCCAAAUCACUAAUCUCAUAACAGUAGGAUUCCUGCUGCCCUUCAGUGUUUCUUCCUCAUACUCAGUCCAUGUGGGGCUGAGUUCCAGGAAGAGGGGCUGAGCACUGCCCUGCCCUCACCAGGGCUGGUGGUGGACACCUCAUCUAUGCCAGUGUCAGAGGGAGUUGUCCCUUUGUUGGAUCUGAGAACUAUGGCUCUGCUGGGCGGGACGACAGGAGAUGCUGGGGUCACUGUGACUCUGGGCAGCUGCCUAUUAAUCACUGGUUUUGUGUGUGUGUGGCUGGGCUGUCUCAGCGCUGUCCCACGGUUGUACCUGGGGAAUCUCAUAUAAAGGGGCUCCAGCCCUAGGCCUGCAGCUGUCAGACCACAGAGAUGGGGAAGCUGCUGCUGUGUGUUGGGCUGCUCCUUGUGCUGAAACACCAUGAUGGUGCUGCCCACAAGCUGGUGUGUUAUUUCACCAACUGGGCAUUCAGUCGGCCCGGCCCUGCCUCGAUCCUGCCUCGGGAUCUGGACCCGUUUCUCUGCACCCACCUGGUAUUUGCCUUUGCCUCGAUGAGCAACAAUCAGAUUGUUCCUAAGGAUCCCCAGGAUGAGAAAAUCCUCUACCCAGAGUUCAACAAGCUCAAGGAGAGGAACAGAGGGCUGAAAACGCUGCUGUCCAUCGGAGGGUGGAACUUCGGCACCUCGAGGUUCACCACAAUGCUGUCCACAUUUUCCAACCGGGAAAGGUUUGUCAAUUCAGUGAUUGCCCUCCUGAGGACACAUGGCUUUGAUGGUCUGGACCUCUUCUUCUUGUACCCUGGACUCAGAGGCAGCCCUGCGCGUGACCGCUGGACCUUUGUCUUCUUACUUGAAGAGCUCCUGCAGGCCUUCAAGAAUGAGGCCCAGCUCACCAUGCGUCCAAGGCUGCUGCUGUCUGCUGCUGUCUCUGGGGACCCCCAUGUCAUCCAGAAAGCGUAUGAAGCACGCCUUCUGGGCAGACUCCUGGAUUUCAUCAGCAUCUUGUCUUACGACUUACAUGGAAGCUGGGAAAAGGUCACAGGACACAAUAGCCCUCUGUUCUCUCUUCCUGGAGACCCCAAAUCUUCGGCAUAUGCCAUGAAUUACUGGCGACAGCUUGGGGUCCCCCCUGAGAAGCUCCUCAUGGGGCUCCCCACCUAUGGACGUACUUUUCACCUCCUCAAAGCUUCUCAGAAUGAGCUGAGGGCAGAAGCUGUGGGACCAGCAUCUCCAGGGAAGUACACCAAGCAAGCUGGCUUCUUGGCUUAUUAUGAGAUUUGCUCCUUUGUCCGGAGAGCGAAGAAGCGCUGGAUUAAUGAUCAGUAUGUCCCAUAUGCCUUCAAGGGGAAGGAGUGGGUUGGCUAUGAUGAUGCCAUCAGCUUCGGUUACAAGGCAUUUUUCAUAAAGAGAGAGCAUUUUGGGGGGGCCAUGGUGUGGACAUUGGACCUGGAUGACUUCAGGGGCUAUUUCUGCGGCACUGGCCCUUUCCCCCUUGUCCACACGUUGAAUAAUCUCCUGGUGAAUGAUGAGUUCAGCUCAACUCCUUCACCAAAAUUUUGGUUCUCAACUGCUGUGAAUUCUUCAAGAAUUGGCCCUGAAAUGCCAACUAUGACCAGGGAUUUGACCACUGGUUUGGGCAUUUUGCCCCCAGGAGGAGAGGCUGUGGCCACUGAGACUCAUAGAAAGUCUGAAACUAUGACCAUAACCCCCAGAGGUGAGAUUGCAACCCCUACAAGGACCCCUCUAUCCUUUGGAAGGCACACUGCUGCUCCAGAAGGGAAGACUGAGAGCCCUGGAGAGAAGCCCCUGACCACUGUGGGCCAUCUGGUGGUGAGCCCUGGAGGCAUAGCUGUGGGUCCCGUGCACCUUCAGACUGGACAGAAGGUCAUGCCCCCAGGAAGGAAGGCUGGAGUCCCUGAGAAGGUGACCACCUCCUCCGGAAAGAUGACAGUCACCCCUGAUGGGCAGGCUGAGACUCUGGAGAGGAGACUUUGACCUCUGAGGUGGACCCUGAGACCUGGUGGGUUACUUUGGUCUUCAGACAGAAGCUGAAAAGUGGAUGCUGCCCUCUGGCCCCAGGAUACACUCCUGCUUUUGACAACCCCUUUGUUCCCACUGAUGGACUUAUUUUUUGGAUGACUUGAUUACCCUUCCAAUGAGUCCUCUCUGGAAAGAAACUUGGAAAACUCUGCUGUGAAUAAAGGAUCCCAAAUCUGUUCUUGGCAGAAGCUGGGGGAAGCCCUUAUCUUUUCUUCUUGGUCCCCUGACAGAAGCUGCCUGUGCCCAGCCAUUCAUGCAUCAUUCUUGGGGCAAACAGGCCCCAGGUCAUAGUGAGUUAAUCUCUUCUCUCUUGAAUAAACUGAAAGCAUAAGAAGCCAA